GGUCGGGCAUGGCUCUAUUUUCUAUGUUUUAGCUAGAGAACAUGCAGGGUCCCAGCCACAACUCAUAUAGCAGGAGGCCAUGACAAAAACCCAAUCGCACCGUGAUCGUGAAGCAAGCCUGCUGCUAUAGAGCUCUGCUCAUCUCGUAAACCAAAAAACCGAGGGCGCGCCACCCUUGUGCGACAGAAAACGUUUUCAAAAACUGGGUACGGAACUUACUUAUCUUUACACCCAGCAGAAAGCGGUACCGUGAGAUACGUUCUGGGAUCGUCUUACCGGUUCCGGCGUGCUCGUCCAAAGAAUCCAGGAAGCCUUCCGAUCGAAUCACGACUGGAGUCAAGCGGGAACCAAAAAUAGUCCACCAAGGGCCAACGCCAAAAUUUCCCAGUUCGCUCGUCCAAGUCCUGGGCAUUCGGAGCGCUUCUCGAUCAGAUUUGCUAGCACAUCAUUGACUCUAGCAUAGGGAGAUUCCGGUGCGGAGCGAGACUCACAGUCAGGAGGCUGUAAUUCAGAUACGCAUGUAUACUUGCUAGCUUCCUGGAUCUUGGUUAACAGUAAACAAAAUCAUCCAAACACAUCGAAUUGGUGCGCCACUAACAAAAACGGUUCGCAUGCUGGCCGCCGUACGUUCGCCACAAAUAAAAUUGCCGCCACGGCCGUCUCACUCCUCUCCGAGAACGAAUGCUUUUCUAGAGAGGCGCGCAGCGAAAGCACGACCGAAUAGUGCAUUGGAACUGGAAUCGGCGUCUGUGCGAAUACGGAAUAUCCGAGUGUUCGUAAACGCAGUAGGGCGGGGAGGGCAUACUUCCGUGCACCGAUUCUCCGUUGGAAGAAAGCCGCAGAAAUCCGGAGAGGCCGAAACGGAUUUGGUGGUCCGUGUGGGUCGACAUUUUCUCGAAUGCGGAGAUCGUGUCGUCAUCGAUAGGGUCCGAAGGUGAGCACGUGUGGUUGUGCAUGCCGACACACGCGCCGUUCCCAAUCUGUCAAUUUGCCGUUGGCGGAGAAAACGAGAAAGGAGCGGUUGACUUUUGCGUUGGCUGAUUGGAUCGGAGAACGGAAUUUCGAUGUCAGGAUCUCCCAUUUACUUAAUGGGGGCGCAAAAAUAAGUCAUGCACGACUUGCUGUCCUAUUCCUUUAAAUAUUUCAGACCAGACAACGUCAGCAGUUGAUAUGUGGCUUCCAACGAUAAUAAGUAACAAGUCCCGGGAGAGAACAACGAAAGCUGACGAUUGCCGAGAACCGUCUUCUCCAGGUUGAAACCACUACCAACGGUAUAUAUUUGGACGAGGUCGACGUUGCCCGAGACGCGAUACCGCGACGUAGCUCUUGGUACUGGUUUCGCCGUUGAAGUGUUGACGUGUACAGUGCGCUCUACUACUCGCAACGCUGUGCUCUGUCAGGUCUUCAACUCGCGGCUAUCAUACAGUUCACAAUAGCAAUAGGAAAGCCACCGAAAAAUUCGUCGUUGACGUUCACUGCCUGUGUCCAUGAUGAAGACUGCCGUCACAGUCAAUCCAUCGCUGCCUUCCAAUUCCAACAAGGCUUCCACUCUGAUUACCACGACGAGUUCGCUGUCGAGUGCGUCUUCCACUACGUCUAGUACAACGCGUACCCACUUUCCCCGUAUGCCCGUGUACGAAAGUAAUCGAGCUUUCAAGUUGCCGGACGAGCUGUCCGAGUCUUCCACCGUGAGUCUCGAUUUUCAAGACACACACGGUCCUACUGGGGGUCUCUUGACCUCACCCUUGGCAGCCGUUGCUGUCCAGAACGUGGCGGACGUGCCGCUUCCGCAGGGCUUUGAAUCACUCGCGCAACUUUCGAGUGUGGUCCGCGAUUUACCCCACUGCGUCCGAGGUCGACUACUAGCGGAAGGAUUCGUACCACUCUACGAAACCUCCGAAGUGUCGGUUCUGAAACUGCAACGGAUCAAAAAUACGGUUCUCGUCCAAUCCAACGCCACCGGCAGGAGCCUUCUGCACGCGUUGCGGAUUCCCCGUCGGCGUCUAGCGUCCGCCGUGGACUUUUUGUUGCACAACGCGCAAAAAGAGCCCGUAGUACUCAUCAAGCAGGAUUCGAAACGAGUCUUUGAUAUUCUGGGUACCACGCCACUUACGUUUUGGGAUACGUCCAGUUUGAAGGAACACGAACGGGAGUGGUAUCCCUGGUUUCGAGUCGUGACGAGCGAAUCGAGUCUGGACCGGGAAGAGCCCCGGACGGUCUACGCUUGGAACGGGUCCGAAUACGACUUGACGCAGCCCAUUUGGCAGGCCCAACCGGCGCGAGCCAGUGCCUCCAUGCAGCUCGUUGGUGCCAACGGCGUCGUGGUGGGACAAGUGUUACCGGAAACCUCCGAUCACGGUCGUCCCCGCACCCGCGUCGUAAUUCCUCCCGGAGUCGAUCCCGCCUUGGUGCUGGCGCUCUCCAUUCUGCUGCAAGAAACGUGUGACUCCACUUUCGCUCCGUUCGGUCCCGCCGGUCGAAUUCUUGUUCGUCCAGCUGUCGUAGCAACUGCGACUACCACGUGGUACGGAAGGAACCCGAGACAAGGGAACGUCACCGUUUCGCCGGACCAGAGAAAGAUGGGUGUCGGAUGGACAGACGAAGGGAUGGCGACUUUGCUGUCCGACAAUGACUAUAAACGAGUUACCUAUGUCGCGGGAUAG